GCCAUGUUGACAGCGGCCUCGUCGGCGCCGGCCGGUGACUCCCCUGCUGCUGUUGACCGGCCCGUCGAAGUCCGGCUGACGCGCGACCGUCGCGGUGCCGCAUAAGGCGUACGAACGUCCCUCUAGACAGCACCUGAAACAAAUGCAAACGAUGCAUCCCACAUCUCCCAGCAUGAUGGGUGCAGGCAAAGGAGGCAUCCUCGACGGAAGGAUGGACUCAAGAAUGGAUUCCAGGAUGGAUUCCAGGAUGGAUUCCAGGAUGGAUUCCAGGAUGGACUCCAGGAUGGACUCCAGGAUGGACUCCAGGAUGGACUCCAGGAUUGAGUCCAGGGUGGACUCCAGGAUAGACUCUAGUUCAUUACACAUAAAGAGACCUAUGAACGCCUUCAUGGUCUGGUCGCGGGGCCAGCGCCGCAAGAUGGCUCAGGAGAACCCCAAGAUGCACAACUCGGAGAUCUCAAAACGACUGGGCGCCGACUGGAAGCUGCUGAAGGAGUCCGAGAAGAGGCCCUUUAUCGACGAAGCAAAGCGUCUCCGGGAGCUGCACAUGAAGGAGCACCCGAACUACAAGUACCGGCCGCGGCGCAAGCCCAAGAGCCUCGUCUCCAAGAUGGACUCGUCGGGCGGGGCGGGCGGCGCGCUGGGCGGCGCGCUGGGCGGGGGCGGCGUCGGCUACGGCCCGCCCACAUCGCCCCACCCCAUGGCGGCCAUCCCGGGGCUGCCGGCGGGGCUGGUGGGGCUGGCGGGGCUGCCGCGGGGGCUGCUCGGCCACGGCGCGGGGCCGCCGCCGCCCCGCCACGCCGACCUGCCGCCGCCGCCGCCGCACGCGGGCUUCUCGGCGGGCGCGCUCCUCUCCCGGGUGGGCGCCCUGUUCCCGCCGCUGCCCUACCCGCUGUACCCGCACCUGCAGCACGCCGCCAAGCUGCACGCCGACGACCUGCAGGCCUCCAGCAAGAUCGCCGACAUGGCGUGGCAGGCGCUGUACAGCUCGUCGCUGUACUCGCAGGCUGCCGCGUCGCUGUCGUGGCCGCCGCCGCUGCACGGCCUGACGGUGGGCUCGGGCCACCAGGUGGGCCACCACCAGGGGGCCGCCCAGCCCCACCCCAGCCCAUGUGGCCUGCACUGCGGCUGCGACCGCCUGGACCGCCGCUCGCCCCUCAGCCCCCUGCCCCGGAGCCCGCCGCUGCACCCGCGCCGGAGCCCCACGCCGCCCGACGUCAAGCGGCCCAUCCCCUUCCUGGCGGCGAGGCCGCCGUGCCCGGGCCGCGGCCGCGUCGACGUCGCCGACGGCCUGCUCCCGGACGACGAGAAGCAGGACCGCGCCACGCCCGAGCUGCUGCGCGCGCCGCCCUUCACGCCGCAGCACGUCAUAUGAAAGCCGCUCCCGGUUCUCCCGGACGCCGCCGACGCGCUCCGGGGGAACCUCAGCCUCCGCCUGUGGCCCUCGGCCCCGGGUGGCCCCGCCGGCGCGCCCCUCGGCCCUCCGCCGGGGAUGCCGUGGUGGGC